AUGGGAGAUCACGAAGAACACCCAGCUUUACCAAUAGUUCCAAUGGUACCUGUUGUGCCCGAGGCAGCUCUAUAUGACUGGGCACAACCCACAGCUGAAAAUCUUGCCACCUCAAUUUUAGUCCCGCAAAUACAAGCUGAAUCAUUCCAAAUCACGAACAACAUGUUGCAUUUGUUGCAAAACAAGGGACUAUUUUCGGGGUCACAAGUCGAAGAUCGUCAACAACACUUGAAAAAUUUUCUGUCAAUCUGCAAAACCCAAAGGCAGCCUAAUGUAAUUCCGGAAGCAUUCAAAUUGCUAUUAUUCCCAUUUUCAGUGACAGGAGCUGCCCAGACAUGGUUAAACUUACUCCCCAUAAAUUCCAUAACAACUUGGGAGGAGUUAGUCAGGCAAUUCGUGAACAAGUUCCACCCUUCCAACAAAACCGCGCAACAGAUUGAUGACAUUUUGAGUUUUAAACAAAGACCACCGAAAACAUUGUAUGAAACAUGGGAGCGUCUUAAAGGGAUGUUGGUCAUAUGUCCGCACCAUGGCAUAACCGAUUUGAUGUUGGGACAGUGGUUCUACAUAGGAUUGUCAGAUAGCUUGAAGAACAUUGUUGAUGCUUCAGCUGGUGGAGCAUUUUUGAGUAAAACACGGAGAGAAGGUCAAGGUCUGCUUGACAAGAUGGCGCAGAAUUCGGGAUGGAUAACCAGAAAUGCACCUAUUACGCCAGUGGUGCACUCAGUGCCCCUAGAUCCAUCCAAUUCAAUGGCUGAAAAUAUGACCACCUUAUUGACACAGAUGAGCAUACUCACCAACAAGGUGGAAGAGUCAGGGCAAAAACAACAGAGACAGGGUGGUCAGAGUUGGGGUCAGCAGAAUCAACAGCAGAGGCCAUCCCCAUCACAGUUCAAUAGUAGGAAUAUGGGAGGUAUGAGACCCCCCAACAAUAUAGCACCUUACCCAAGGCCACAGGGAUACAGUAAUCAGAAUCAACAGCAGGGGUAUCACCCUCCUCAGCAGCAGUAUAGUGGAAGGAAGGAAGAUGGGUUUGCUAGACUUGAAGCAAUGAUGCAACAGGUUAUUAGGUCUAAUGCAAAGAUUAGUGAGAGAGUAGAUGCACAUGAUUCAGCGAUCAAGAAUAUUGAAAUGAAGAUGGGCCAAAUUUCGAUAGAUUUGGAUGUCGAGCAAGAAAGGGCUCGAGAAGCCAGGGAGGCUGAGACACUCAUAUCAGUGCCCAUUGAGUUGGAUGAAUCAACGAAACUGUCAGAGGUGACAGUCCAGCCUGCCCAGGAAGAAAGUAGCAUUCAAAUGGAGACCGAGAAGGAAGCUGAGAUAGCACAUGAACUAGUGGUUGAUGUAGCAGCUGAUAAAGAUCGAUCCCAAAUGAUUGGGAAGAAGAGACCUCCUGUAAAUAUUCCCUUAAUUGAUGCUUUGAAAGAGAUGUCUGGGUAUGCAAAACUGAUGAAAUACUUAAUGUCCCAAAAAUUUGAUUUCCAAGAUUUGGCCACAGUUACUCUUACUCAAACCUGUGGUGCAGUGGUGACUAGACCAAUUGCGGAAUAG